GACGAGGAACUAGAGCGCGCCGCGUUCCUUAAGAUCGUCCGCGCGAUGCGAGACUACGCGAGCGACGCCGCGAGGGAGGUGCAUCGAUGGGAGCGAAACUACGAGCGGCUCCCCGAGAACCAUCGCGCGCUGCUGUCCCAUCACGUCGCGAAGCACGACGACGCGUAUCGAUGCGUGAAACGCAACGACGACUUCUUCAAGGAGAUGCUAUCAUCCUUCACGGGCGACGACGUCCCGCCGCACUUGCGCGUCCCGCCCCCGGGGGAGAUGGCGCACGAGCCCGUCGCGCCGUCGGACGCGGUCAAGGUGUUGUACGUCCUGAAGAACCUCGCGAGGGAUUGGAGCGCGGAGGCCGCGGACGAGCGCCUUCAAUCGCACGGGCCGAUCCUCGCGGAGCUGGAGCGCAGGCUGAAGGCGGUGCCCGGUAGGCCGCCGCCGCGGGUGAUGGUCCCGGGCGCCGGGUUAGGGAGGCUCGUCCUCGAGUGCGCGCGUCGCGGGUGGGAGUCGGAAGGGAACGAAUACAGCUACUACAUGCUGCUGACGUCGUCGUUCAUACUGAACCACGCGACGAAGGCGGAGCAGUUCACGAUACACCCGUGGAUGCACACGAACAACAAUCACCUGAGCGACGCGAAUCAACUCCGCGGCGUGAAGGUCCCGGACGUGCCCGCGUGCGACGCGGGCGUGCCCCCGGGGUGCAUGGGCAUGUGCGCGGGCGAUUUCGUGGAGGUGUACGGCGCGGCGGAGAACGCGGGGCGGUGGGACGCGGUCGCGACGUGCUUCUUCAUCGACACCGCGCACAACGUGAUCGAGUACUUGGAGAUCAUAUCGCGGUGCUUGAAACCGGGCGCGGUGUGGGUCAACUUCGGCCCGCUGCUGUAUCACUGGGCGGACGCGGAUGGCUAUCUGAGCGCCGACGAGAUGAGCGUGGAGAUGAGCCUGGAGGACGUCGAGAGAGUCGCGGACGCGGUGGGGUUGGACGUCGUGAAGAAGGAGAUGCGCGAGAGCAAGUACACCGGGGAUAAGAUGUCUAUGUGUCAGACAGUGUACGAGUGCGCGUUC